AUGGGUGGUGACACCUGCGCUUCUCUCCUUUCAAAGCUCUCCUCCAUGCUGGACGACAGCGGCGCCCCGUGUCUCUCGAUGGACUCUCACUCUCACUCUCACUCUCACGCCCACUCGCACAGCAGCAGUGGAGAUGAGGGGCACAUGGAGCACGGCGGUCACGGCCAUCAUGGCGGCUGUAGUGCCACGCACGGUGCGUACUCUGUUCCUUUGCACGUUGCCGCUAUAUUCAUUCUUUUAGUGGCAUCCUUUCUGGGAACAAUUAUGCCACUUGCUGGAAAAUAUGUGCCAGCCCUUCGUAUGAAUUUGUUUGCGGUUGUCAUUGCUAAGUGUGUCUCUACAGGUGUGGUUAUGGCUGUUGCGUUGCUUACCAUGUUAAAUCAUAGUUUGCACAGUUUUAUGGAGGAUUGUGUACCUACAGCACUCCAAAGCAGCACAUACGAUGCAUACGCCUUGUUGUUUGCGAUGGUAGCAGCUUUGCUAAUGCAUAUGGUAGAUGUUGUAAUGGAUUUAUUACUUGAAAAAUGGUCUAUGGAAGCUGAAAACAGGGGUUGUUCUUCUUCUACUGGAGUAGUGGAUGGAAAUGAAGAGGAUAUAAAACGUAAUCAAGGAUCAUCUACAUGUAAUGUAGAAGGAUGUUGUGCAGAACCUUCAUCAAUGUGUGAGCUUAGAGGAUGUUGUCAAGGAACCGGUGUUGGUACUUUAACUCGUCUGACUGGGGCACGUCGUAUUGCUGCUGCUGUUUUGAUGGAAUUCGGUUUAACACUGCAUAGUGUAUUCUUGGGUAUCUCUGUGGGGAUCACAGAUGACUCAAGUACAAAGACAUUACUUGUGGCACUAUCCUUCCAUCAACUAUUUGAAGGACUUGCGCUGGGUUCAAGACUUGCAGAAGCAUCUAUGCAUUCAGGAAUGGAGAUAUUACUAACUCUUAUCUUUUCAUUUUCUGUCCCUGUUGGCGCAGCGAUUGGACUUAUCACCAUGCAAGGUUCGAAUGUGUCGGUUACUGGACCAGUCUUUGUGGUUCUGCAGGCCAUUGUGAAUGCCGUUGGUGGUGGAAUUUUACUUUAUUUGGGUUUUGGACUCUUGUUGAAUGACUUCCCAGCAGAUCUUCGUAGACAUGCAGGCAUAAAGGAAAAACAUCGUUUAUGGAAAUGUUUGGCGAUGUUUGUGGCACUAUGGGGAGGGGCAGCCAUUAUGGCAGUGCUAGCAAACUGGCACUAA